AUGUUCUCACGCCGGACGAUAUUAUCCUCUCUCACCGUGACGUUAUUCGGAGCCGCUCAUGUGUCGGCGACGGCUCUGACAGCGAUGUUGGGUGCCAAUGAGAGGAGUUGCUAUUAUGCCGAUGUUGAUGGUCAAGGAGAGAAAGUCGGAUUCUAUUUCGCAGUUCAGUCAGGUGGCAACUUUGAAAUAGAUUAUGUAGUGAUGGAUCCAGAUGAUAAAGUGGUAUUGGAAGGUGUAGCUGAGAAACAAGGAGAUUACAUAUUCACAGCUAAUAAGAUUGGAGAAUACAGUUUCUGUUUCGAAAAUGAAGCUUAUACUUCUGAUAAAUUACUUGAUUUCGAUAUAAUGGUAGAAUCAGAACCUAGAAGAGUACUAUCAGCUCAACAACAACCGUUAAAAGAACAUACAUCGUCUUUAGAAGAAAGUACUUAUAAAAUAAGUGGUUUACUAAGUAGUAUAACCAGAACACAGAAAUACUUCCAUACUAGACAUCAUAGAAAUUAUUCGACUGUUCUAUCCACUCAAUCAAAGAUAUUCUGGUUCACAAUACUAGAAUGUUUCAUUAUAGUUGCAAUGUCAUUAAUCCAAAUUUGGAUAUUAAAGACGUUCUUUUCAAGAUCCGGAAGGUGA